UUUCCGCCAGCCUGGAGUGUCUCCGCCCUUCCCGCCUCCCUUCUCGGAGCUCUUAAACACAGGCCUCGGGCCUACAGCUCUGGGGGUACUUGGGGGGCGGGGGGGGGCUGGUCUGAUGAAUAACCCCUCCCCCCAGGUCCCAGAGGAAGAAGCCUCUACAUCUGUUUGCCGGCCAAAGAGUUCCAUGGCCUCCACUUCCCGCCGUCAACGCAGAGAGCGUCGCUUCCGUCGUUACUUGUCUGCAGGACGGCUGGUCCGGGCCCAGGCCCUUCUCCAGCGACACCCAGGCCUUGAUGUGGAUGCUGGGCAGCCCCCACCACUGCAUCGGGCCUGUGCCCGCCAUGAUGCUCCUGCCUUGUGCCUGCUGCUUCGCCUUGGGGCUGACCCUGCCCACCAGGACCGCCAUGGGGACACGGCGCUGCACGCUGCUGCCCGCCAGGGCCCCGAUGCCUACACAGACUUCUUCCUACCACUGCUGAGUCGCUGUCCCUCUGCCAUGGGAAUAAAGAAUAAGGAUGGGGAGACUCCUGGGCAAAUUCUGGGUUGGGGCCCCCCAUGGGAUUCUGCUGAAGAGGAGGAAGAAGAUGAGGCUUCCAAAGAGCGGGAAUGGAGGCAGAAGCUGCAAGGCGAGCUGGAGGAUGAGUGGCAGGAGGUCAUUGGGAGGUUUGAAGAUGAUGCUUCCCGUGAGACCCAGGAACCCGAGUCCUUCUCAGCCUGGUCAGAUCGCCUGGCCCGGGAACAUGCCCAGAAGCGCCAACAGCAACAGCGGGAAGCAGAGGGAUCCUGCCGACCCCCAAGAGCUGAGACUUCCAGUCACAGCUGGCGACAACAGGAGGAAGAACAGCGUCUCUUCCGAGAGCGAGCCCGAGCCAAGGAAGAAGAACUGCGUGAGAGCCGAGCCAGGAGGGCCCAGGAGGCUCAAGGGGACCAAGGGCCUGAGCCAGCCAGGGCUGGGCCCAGGGCAGAGCAGCCCAGAGGGGUGGGAAGGGGCAGCCUCUGGCGCUUUGGCGAUGUGCCCUGGCCCUGCCCUGGGGGAGGGGACCCGGAGGCCAUGGCUGCAGCCCUGGUGGCCAGGGGUCCCCCAUUGGAGGAACAGGGAGCUCUAAGAAGGUACUUGAGGGUUCAGCAGGUUCGCUGGCACCCUGACCGAUUCCUGCAGCGAUUCCGGAGCCAGAUUGAGACCUGGGAGCUGGGUCGUGUAAUGGGAGCUGUGACAGCCCUUUCUCAGGCCCUCAAUCGCCAUGCAGAAGCCCUCAAGUAACUCUAGUGAAAGAACAAGAAACUGUGGGGAUGCAGGCUCAGGGGUGGGCAGGAGGAAGGGUAAGGUCAGGGAUGGGGACGCAAAAGGAAGAGGCACAUGCCACGUGGAGAGGAUAUGGGUGGGAUCGAAACUUGUAACUAGCGGGGGUGGUGGCAAAUGGGCCUCUACCGCUGCUCUUGACUCUGCCAUUUCCUAAUAAGACCUGGUUCCACGUCUCA